AGAGAGAGAGAGAUGACGACAUUAUCACGUGAAAUUUGCAAACCCACAAAGGGUAAAAAGAAGAAGACGAAGAAACAGUGAUGCUGAUUGUGGGUUGAAUUGAAUUGAUUUGCCUUUAGAUCCGCCUACGAGAGUUCACUCUUCUGCGACACAUUCCAUAAGGAGCAAUCUGGUUGGAGGGAAUGCUAUUUUUGCCAUAAGUCUUCACUGUGGAUGCAUUGCUUCCAAGCUCAUGGUCGAGCUCCUGGACUUUGGGGGCGUUGGUUGUAGUACCUGCACUAGCAGCUGCUAUAAUACUAGCUUGAGUAAGAGAGGCGAAAAUCAUGAUCUACUUGGCAGAUUAACUAUGAUACUGGCUGAUAGGCAACCACCCCACAAUGGUAAAGGUGGAAUUCUUGGUAAUAAUAUCGAUGGUGGAAGAUUGUCACAGUUGUGUCAGAUUGCUGAGGAUCAUGAACCUGACCUCUUGUCUCGGUCUCAGAGCGGUGAACCUCAAACUCUCCUUGGUGGAGACAAAAGGGCAGAAGGGUUCAUGCCUCACCCUGGAUUCGGUAAACAUUUGGAACCAGACAGUACUACGUCUGCUUCAGUCACCAGGGAUAUGCAGGAAUCACUUUCGCAACCAUCUUUGAGUAUGUCUUUGGCAGUAACUCCCUCUGCUCCGUCCCUUUCAAGUGAGGUUACUGAGGGUAAAAAACCGAGCAUUGCUACUCAAUCUCCAACCGUAGAGCCUUCUUUCUCUGUGUUGCCAAAACCCUCAAAAUCUACUGUUUCAACGGCUCCUGGAACUAGCAAUCCUGCUUCUUCUUCUUCUCAGUUACGACUUGUGAGGCCACCUGCCGAAGGACGUGGGAGAAACCAUUUGCUUCCUCGCUAUUGGCCGAGAAUUUCUGAUCAGGAGCUUCAGCAGAUCUCUGGGAACUUGAAUUCAAAAAUUGUUCCUCUCUUCGAGAAGGUUCUCAGUGCCAGCGAUGCCGGUCGUAUUGGUCGUCUUGUUCUUCCAAAAGCAUGCGCGGAAGCAUAUUUUCCUUCCAUCAAUCAAUCAGAAGGCAUUCCUUUGAAAAUUCAAGAUGUGAAGGGGAAAGAAUGGACGUUUCAGUUCAGGUAUUGGCCCAAUAACAAUAGUAGGAUGUAUGUCUUAGAAGGCGUUACCCCCUGCAUUCAGGCCAUGCAACUGCAGGCCGGUGAUACCGUAACGUUCAGUCGGAUAGAUCCCGGUGGCAAAUUUGUAAUGGGUUUCCGAAAGACAGCUAACAGUGGGGAGCAGCAGGGUUCUGGUCUCACAAACGGCGUUUCAGCCGAGGAUACGUUAUCAUCUGGUGUUACUGAGAACCCGUCGUCCAUCAAUGGUUCCUCGGGUCCAUUGCAAAUGUUGAAAGAAGUGAAGGGUCUUCCUGAGCAUUUGAGUUCACUUGAUGGUUCUAAUAGAUUGCAGAAAAGCCAGAAUAAUGGAGGCAGGACCGGUGAUGAGGAUUCGCUUCUGGUAAAGGGCAAGAAGAGGACUCGAAACAUCGGGACAAAAAAUAAGAGACUGCUUUUGCAAAAUGAAGAAGCUAUGAAGCUGAGACUCACAUGGGAAGAAGCACAGGAUUUGCUCCGUCCCCCUCCCAAUGCAAAACCUACUAUUGUCACCGUUGAGGAGCACGAGUUUGAAGAAUAUGAUGAACCUCCCGUCUUUGGGAAGAAUAUAGUAUUUACUUCACGGCCUUCUGGUGGACAUGAACAAUGGGCUCAGUGUGGCGAAUGCUAUAAAUGGCGAAGGUUACCAAUGGGUGUGCAUCUUAUUGCAAGGUGGAAGUGCUCAGACAACGUUUGGGAUGUGGGCAGGUGUUCAUGUUCUGCCCCAGAGGAGAAUUUGAAGGAACUGGAGAGUCUCAGACUAGGGAAAGAGUCCAAGAAGAGAAGAAAUUGGGAAAGGAAGAGAGAAGGGAUGUCAGGGUUGGAUGCGUUGGCAAGUGCGGCGGGCUUGGGAGAAGGCCGAGAAGAAGAAGCAGAAGAGGCGAUCACGACAAGACAUCCGAGGCAUAGGCCAGGGUGCAGUUGCAUUGUGUGCAUUCAGCCACCGAGCGGGAAAGGUAAGCACAAGCCCUGCUGCUGCUGCAACGUCUGCAUGACAGUCAAGAGGAGGUUCAGGACACUUAUGCUCAGGAAGAAGAAGAAGAAGAAGAUGAACAGAAACUCAGAGAAAGAAGAAGGGAUAGACCUAAACAUGGGGCUUCCCAUACAGGAGGAGAUAGAUGAGAGUAGAGCAAGUGGACGCGACGGACAGAAACAGAGUGUUGCGUCUAGUGGGUGAUGACGAGUCGAAUCCUUUGUUGUUUGCGCUGUCUCUCUUGAGGGAAGUUCUGCAAAUCUUGAAUCAUUCGUGCAGAGGUGUUUCUUGCAUUAAGAAUGGUGUCGUUGAGAGAGAGAGAGAGUGGAAUGGAGCAGCAAGUUCAACUGCAGGACGGCAAAGCUACACUUUGCAUCUCUGAUCUUAUUCGUAUCUGGUAAUGGUGAUUAUGAUUGGAUUAUAUCUCUGUCUUCGAAAAAUAACACACCGUGAAUGAACACCUCUAAAUGAAGCCCUGAGAGGAUAGAGGUUGAAGGGAGACCGGCGAAAUCUCAGUCCUUUGACUUGGGAUUACACCACCAGAUUCAGUACAACCCUGCAACGUUCCACGGCUUCCAUGCUCGACAAGCUGUUCAGGCAAAAUGGCUGACUCUGUGAUGUAGAAUUUGUUGAUAAACUGACAUCAUCAAGCUGUUUGUGGCCAUUCACUCUGGCUCGUGCCGGAAGCCGAUCCCUCUUGAUAUUUUUUCUUCUUUGGAAAAUAGUGUUAAGAUUGGUCUCUGUUUAGACCAAAUCCUUGUGGAACUUAAACUGGGCUUCCCCUGUCUCUAAACAAAUGAGCAUCAGUUUGGUCA